AAAACAUGACGCAACACACUCAUGUAAAGCUAAGUUCCCGUGAAAGUCAGCCUUUACUGCGCAUGCGUCAAGAUGUCCUCGUUCUGGAGGUGUGGGUUCAAAACCUAUCCCUGACAACCUCUUCUUUCCCCCCCGAAAUUUGCUCCACUUUGAUGGACACACCUUCUUCAGUUAGAAACACCCCCUCCAACCCUCCUCCUCCUCACUUUGACACUUUCCACGGAGGAGCAGAGUCGACAGUGGGAACCACAACUUUUGGGGUGUCAAACUAGCUCGUUAACUAGUUAGCAUAUUAAGACAUUCUACUUCCGUUUUCUUCUUCUUCGCUGUUGGAGGACUUUGUGACCGUCUAUGUUCAUUAAGUCUCACACUGUUCCUGACACCUGUUGUUCGGACCGCACAAGCUAGUUUUGGUGUCUUUAGAUAUUCCAAAGUGGACUUUUAAGGAUUUUUCCUCACUGGACGCUUGUUUAAGUGUCUUUCUUUUUUAUAAAUGGACUUUGUGUAACCCAUAAAGGGGACUUUUAAGGUGAACUCAUCGCGACUGUCAAAAUAAAAGCACAACUAAGUGGAGCUGUUGGGCAUUUCUCAGCCGCACUUUUUGCACUCUUUUUUUGGACAUCUGAGCAAAAACAAGUGGCAUAAAGCUGAUAAGCGCACCACUUUCCCCGUAGCCGGCUGUGCUGCACCAAGGCGGCGGACCAUGGACACCAGCCCCGUGUGGAGACGGCGGAACGGCGACGUUCGGCACUUUCUGCUGCUGCUGGUCGCCCUCCUCACCGGAACCUCGCAGUUGUUGGUGGUGGACGCCAACUCGUGGUGGUCCAUGGCGCUGACCCCCAUCCAGAGGCCAGAGAUGUACAUCAUCGGCGCUCAGCCUCUUUGCAGUCAGCUGUCUGGUCUCUCCCAGGGUCAGAGGAAACUGUGCCAGCUCUACCAGGACCACAUGAUGUACAUCGGGGACGGGGCCAAGACUGGCAUUAAGGAGUGCCAGUACCAGUUCAGACAGAGGAGGUGGAACUGCAGCACGGUGGACAACACAUCUGUCUUUGGACGCGUCAUGCAAAUCGGCUCCAGAGAAACUGCCUUCACCUAUGCCAUCAGUGCUGCCGGCGUGGUCAACGCCGUCAGCCGGGCGUGCCGCGAGGGCGAGCUGUCCACGUGUGGCUGCAGCCGGGCGGCGCGGCCACGUGACCUGCCCCGCGACUGGCUGUGGGGCGGCUGCGGCGACAACGUGCACUACGGCUACCGCUUCGCCCGGGAGUUUGUGGACGCCCGAGAGAGGGAGAAGAACUAUCCCCGCGGCUCGCCCGAGAACUCGCGGACGCUGAUGAACCUGCAGAACAACGAGGCGGGACGACAGGCGGUGUACAACCUUGCCAACUUGGCCUGCAAGUGUCAUGGCGUCUCUGGUUCUUGCAGCCUGAAGACCUGUUGGCUCCAGCUGGCUGACUUCCGACGCGUGGGCGAAUACCUUAAGGAGAAAUACGACAGUGCCGCCGCCAUGCGCAUCGGACGCAAGGGCAAACUGGAGCAGGUGGACAAGCGUUUUAACCCCCCGACCCCGGAGGACCUGGUCUACAUCGACCCCAGCCCGGACUACUGCCUUCACAACGAGACGACGGGCUCGCUGGGCACACAGGGCCGCCUGUGCAACAAGACGUCGGAGGGCAUGGACGGCUGCGAGCUGAUGUGCUGCGGCCGAGGCUAUGACCAGUUCAAGACGUACAAGCACGAGCGCUGCCACUGCAAGUUCCACUGGUGCUGCUACGUCAAGUGCAAGCGCUGCACCUCCCUGGUCGACCAGUUUGUCUGCAAAUAACAAUCUUCUCUUUAUUCAUAUCAAGUGCCAGCCCGAUUAAUCAUUUCCUGCCUAUAAGUAUCAUCACUUCCUGCUUUCCUCAUCCAAACCCACAUUGGGUUAGCAGGUGGAUCCUUAGGACACAUGUGACUCAUAAAAUCUAUAACUAAAUAAUAAAUUGAUUAUUAUUUAAGAGACUCGCGCGCACACGCACACACACACACACAGCAUCAUUAUCCAUUUGAGGAAACUGCUUGAGUCACCAAAGACUUGUGACCUCUCACCCUUGAAGGUUCUGGCCUGCCGGAUGUGCAGAUGACGCACAAUGCCUGAUAUUGGAAGACCACUGCAGCAGGUGGGGGAGUCAACACAAGGAAUCUCAUCUAGAAGAGGAAGAAAAGGCCAUUUAGGCAUAGGAAUACUAUUAAUGUCUCCAUGUAACUAGCACAAUUACAAGUACACGUCUGGUGCGGGUUAACGACGCUCGCCUCACUGUUGACGCUGCCGGGUGACCUUCAUGUGACGGCAACGAAAUUCUCCAUCAGCGAGAUUAAUGAAGCUGAGAGACCGUGCCUCGUUGUUACGCAACAGCAAGUCCAGCGACCGUGAUUGGAAAUGAACAGUCAAUUUAGCUCCAUGAUGAAGAUGAAAGAAUUUGAAUAUAUUCCAAUCCAAUUGAUGACAACUGACUGUGUAAAAAAAGUGUGUGAUGGACUGCAAUUUAUUAUGAGCUACUUUAAAGAGAAAAGUAUAUAUUUUAUUACUGUGUAUUUUCUGUUUUCUAUGUUUUAUACAUACUCUUUUGAUAAACCAG